CACACCAGCUCAGGACAGUUGUUAGGUUCCUUAUCAUCGUCAGCUUAGAUAUGGCCGAAUUUAGGAAAUGCUUCCAUGCCAUCGAUGUAAAAAAUACUGGCAAAAUAACGAUGGAAGAUCUGAGGGAAUAUAUGAAAAAAAUGAAUUAUACGGAAAAGUUUGUUACCAGCUGGAUGAAACUGUUCCCGUUCACAGAAGGAGUUAUAACCUAUGAACAAUAUUGCAAUACUCUUGGACUUAUCCCACGCAAACAUGUAACAGAGUUGGUGGAACCAGACAGAGAGAUGAGCGCUACACUUCGUAGGAAAGAAUCUCUACUUGUGGCCACAGGGGAGCGUUCGGAAGUUGAAACCCCAAAGGGACUUGAAUCAACAAAAGAAGGAACAGAACGCUCACCCUUGUUUUCUAGUGAAGCUUACUUCUCCGCAACCGAGUCGAGCACAUGUGGCGACUCACUGGGUGUUGUCCAACGCCACCCAGUAGAUAUGGAAACACAUUCUCUGACCUUAGAUCAUCCUCAGACUCAAGCCGAACUGCAGUUAGAUUUGUCGAUCCCGGAAAUGCAACCGGUUGAUAUGCAGGUGGAUACAGAACUGAAGUGGGACACGGACAAUUUGGAAGCUAGCACUUUCGGGCGGAGCAGUUUAAUUGAAAUACCGACUAUGCAGCAACUCCGAUUGUCCCCAAUUCGCACCGAUCUGAUGACUACUCAACAAUCUAGCCAUUUAGACAGCAGUUUUCCUGAAGAGUGCGACCACGCUCAAAUGUCACCUGAUAUGCAAAGUGCGUUCGCUCUGAACGGAAUGGAGGUUAACGUAUUUGAGCCGAUAGACACUGCAAUAUCCAUGGGCACAAACGACAGUCAAGUUACAGAAGAAGACUUAGAAUCUGCUCCCUUUGGAGUGCCGACAGCCAAACAGCAUACGAAGAGGCAUAAACGUGAACAUUAUGAAAUCGAAAGUGAGAAAGACAUGAGUGAGAAUGAGCAGGCAAGUCAGUCAAUCGAUACUGGUCAGUGGACUGUCAUAAACAGGGAAAAACGCAAGCCUAGACGGAGCAAGAAAACAGUGGAGCAAAAGGAGGAAACAAGAGAAACAUGCUUCGUAGAACGACAAGCGGUUGAGAAAGAUGUGGAAAAGAAACAUGACAAAAGCGUAGUUAUUCUUGAAGAUACGGAUAUUGGCUUGUCAUCAGGAGACUCGAAAACAGAAAAACGAAGAAAAAAGAAAGACAGAUCACCGAAAAGGAAGACACUUGCUUCCGAACAGGGAAAUCUAACUUUUCAGCAAGCUUCUCAGAUGGAACUCACUGAGUCGAUGUUCGGAGAUCAUAUCUUUUUGAAGGAUCCUGUCAUCACCCCAUCCGAAUCAGUCGUCAAAACAAAGGGAAAAAAGCAGAAGAGUAAGGAGAGAAGACGUCAACAUGUUGAUGACGAUGUUGAGCAAAUGGAUCAAGUGCUUGACAUUUCGCACACAGAUGGCUCACCUGUGUUGGAUGAUUUCACACUUUCCGAGAACUACUCCAUAAUGGUAGAAGAGUUUCCUGUGAUCCCGCAGUCGAUUUCAACGAAUGAAAGUUUGCCCAUGGGUUGCAGCCCACAACAUCGAGAGGAACAUGUGUUCAUUCAAGCCACUGAGUUCGAAGAAAUGGUAGAGGAGGUUCAGGAGCAUACUGACACGGAGGGCGACACUCACUGGGCCUCUCAAGAACUGCUUCUCCUACAAGUUGCAGAAACACAGCAACACCAUAUGUUGGACACACAUUCAACGGAAAUUGCAACUGAUCAACAUAAACCGCACAAACAAAAGUUAACGGCUAUUGACAGAACCGAUGAAUUAAGCUCUAAUUUUGGGAAGGCAAAAACCAUUAGGUUCGCUCCUCAGAUAAAGAUCCAUUCCGCGUCUACACCUACCACCACGAAGCAACAGAGAAGCAAAAAUCUUCAUGAACGGAAAGGGGAAAAUGGUGCAUUUUCCAUCCUUGACCGAAAUGAAGAUGGAUCAGUUAAGAAAACGCUGGUAGUUAAGCCUAGACGGCUUCCAAAGCCCCCGAUGAUAACGAACCGAACUGAGGCAUUAUCGGUGUGUCAAGUGACUGGCACAACUGAAAAGAUGGAGAGCAAAGAACACUCAAAGCAAAAACCCACCAGUAACAUAGAAAGCUCGCAGCCUAAAAGGAAGAAUAAAGCAUUAAAAGGGCAGCAUCAGCCUCCACAACAGGAGAAUCAAAUUGGACAAAUACUUCGCAAUAAACAAUCCAGGGAGAAAAAACGCAUCACACAGAAAGCUAGGCUGAGAAGCAGAAUUGAAGCAAAAGCUCACCAAAAGGAAAAAGAUAGAAUAAAGGAGAGGCGGAAAACCCGGUUUCCAAGAUCCUUUACCGUUCAGGCAGAUCCGGAUUUACACGAAAGAAAAGACAAACAGCGUGAGCGCAACAAUGAUCGCUUGAUGGAACGUAGACUGAAAGAUCGCUUUCAAACAACGGAUUCGAAUUUGCGAAAGAAGAAUAAGAAGCCACCCACUGUGUUGGAACGUUGGCGGCUCCGCCCUAGCCUACGCGGUCGGGGAAUGGUAGUAAUCCUCCUUGCAGGGAUACACCGUGGAAAGCGAGUUGUAUGCCUUGGUCGGCAUAAGUCAACCGGAUUACUUUUGGUUACUGGACCCUUUCGUUACAACGGAUGUCCUUUGCGUCGAGUCCAUCCGAGCAUGGUGAUCGUCACCAAAACGCGCAUUGAUCUUGGCAAAGUAAGACUACUCAGUUCACCUAGUGCGUGGUAGCCCCCAGAAAUUCCAUUUUUGAAUCGGCGGUGACCCGGCUUUAUGAUUAAUGAAAUCUUCAUUCCCCGCAUUGAACUUGAAUAAUAAGGGGCCUCAACCCAAUAGUUGAAGUCAUGUUUACCGGCAUGUUGCAGCUUCACUAGUGUCCCAGUGGCAUCCAUUUGAGGACCUGUGUGUUAUGGCUAAUGCGAACAGCCACCAAACACGCCCCAUGCAGUGGACUAUAAAAGACUUGCUUUGCACCCACAAACCAUAUCAUUUCGAACCCGUGGAUAGUGGCACGACUGAUUUGGAGCCGACACGUUAUUUUUGAUCAAACUGAACGGUAACUGAACUGUAGUCUGCCGCAUGAUUGAACAUCUCUUUCGGACUAGUACUGUUGCAAAACCUUCAUGUUACUUUCACCGUUGCAGCUAUUCGUAAUCUACUGGAACUAAUAGCAUAUGUGAUGAUAUCAGGUGGUUUGGUAUUUUAUCAGUACUCACCUUAAGUGCAACUCAACCCAGUGCUUCAGUUGAGAUUAAAUGCCGAGCUUUCAGUUAUACGCAUACAUUCGCACAGAUAACCUAAUUGCAGUCACCAUACGCUGGAUGUGGCACAUCACCCCUGCUAGUAAACAAUAAUUUACACUAUAGAGGAUAUUUCUUGGUAGCAGUUACCUCUGUGGAACAAUGGUGUAUUACGGGUAAAAGAACAUUCAUUCAUCACUCAUUAUACACGUCAGCUAGAGGUGGGAAACACCUCAGCUACUGUGUCACAAUACAU